UGCCCAAGAUGUAUGCAGUGUGAUACAAAAUUUGACUUCAUAACUAGAAAGCAUCACUGUCGAAGAUGUGGGAAGUGCUUCUGUGACAAGUGCUGCAGUAAAAAAGUGCCUCUGCCUCGCAUGUGCUUUGUGGACCCGGUGCGCCAGUGUGCUGAAUGUGCCCUCAUCUCUCAGAAAGAAACAGAGUUUUAUGACAAACAGCUUAAAGUGCUCAUGAACGGUGCUACGUUCUUCGUAACUCUGGGAACAUCCGAUAAAUCUGAGCUCAUGGUUUGUCGACUUUCCAACAAUCAGAGAUACCUGGUUUUGGAUGGAGACAGCCACUAUGAAAUAGAAAUUAUACAGAUUUCAACUGUUCAGAUACUUACAGAAGGAUUUACUCCUGGAGAAAAAGAUAUUCACACUUACACCAGCCUUCUGGAGAGCCAGCAUAUUACUGAAGGAGGUAACACUCGUGCCAUCGGUAUGAUUCUGCAGUACAAGGUGCCAGGAUCAGAGGAGAUAACACAGAUGAAGUUUACAGCCGGGGAAGACUUCAGCUGUAACAAGAAGCUGUCAGCGAGCUGGCUGGCAGCGAUGCAUAAGGCAACAAAACUUCUUUAUGAGUCCCGGGACCAGUAAGAACAGCAAACUGUUGGCCACCUGAGGGAAGACACCAGCCUCCAUAGACCUGCCUCUGCCUUUUUGCUAAUUUGACAGCUGGUAACGUUUGUUGUUUUUGACCCCUUCUCAUUCCAGCGUGGUUCAUUAUGUCAGAACUGGCAAAUGCAAUGUGAGUAUUUUUUUGAACCAUGAGCAUUCACUAUAGUGUGCAAUAUGUAUACAAUUAAUGCUUUAAACAGCCUCACCUUUUAAGACUUUGUAUAUUUUGUUAAGCCUUUGUUGGCACUUAAUACGAAAGUGACCUGCACUACAGCUAAUGUACAGCACAACUUUUAUAGUAACAAUUAUAUAUGUUUGCUACAAAAAGCAAACAAAUGUGUAUGUCUCUUCUGCAGAGAAUAGCUUUUGGGUAUAGAUCUCAGGUUUUUCCCCUCUAUCCAAAUGUUUAAAAUCAGUGUACAAUAAAAUCUGCCUUAGAUAAGAUUUUAUAGAAGUCACUUGUUUGUUUUGUUUUUUUUAACUGUUUCAUUUUAAACAUCUAAAUACUUCACCAAAUACCACCAAAUUGGACUUAACCGGAACAUGACCUUGAAACUUUCCUUCUGUAAUAAAUAAUUUUUAGUUUUGUAUUUUCUUUUUGGUAACUAGCUUUUGUUAAUCUAACUGUAAUGCUAUCUGAAAUUGUAUACAAUUUAAUGUACAAAUAUAAAUAAAUUAAUCCACUUAUUUAAAAAAAAA